AUGGAUGGGCUGCAGCAGUGGCCACGUGGUAGGAACCUUGUAGGGAGGGCCGGUGCAUUGGCAAUGGGACUGGCUUUCCCCUGCCCCUGCUGUGGAUCUGGCCCUGUGCUACCCUAUCCCUGCCCUGGUCUUGCCCUGGCACUGGCCAUGUGCAGGCCCUGCCAGGUACCUGUCCUGGCCCUGCUCUGGGCCUCACCUUGUCCCUGGUUCUUAAAUGACCCUGGCCCUGCCCCUGCCCUUGCCCUUGCCCUGGCACUGGCCUUGGACAUGUCCGUGGCCCUAACCCUGGCCCUGCCCUGGAGCUGCCACUGCCUUGGCCCUGCCCCGGCCCCAGCCAUAGACCUGCCCUGGCCAUGCUCUGCCCUGCGUGUCCCAGCCUGGGCCCAGCCCUGGUCUUACCAUAUUCCUGGCCCCAGCCGUACCCUUUUCCUGGCCCUGACCUUGCCCUGGCCCUCUCCUGGGCCUUCCUUGGUCAUUCCCUGCUCUGCCCUGCAUGUCCCAGCCUGGGCCCAGCCCUGGUCUUACCAUAUCCCUGGCCCCAGCCGUACACUUUUUCUGGCCCUGACUUUGCCCUGGCCCUCUCCUGGCCCUUCCUUGGUCGUUCCCUGCUCUUCCAUGCCCUGGCCUUGCCCUUACCCUGCAUUGGCCCUUCACUGUUCCUACCCUACCCUGGCACUGCCUUGGCCCCAGCCCUGCCUUCUCCCUGGCCUUGCCCUUCCCCUACCCUGGCCUGACCCCAGGCCUACCAAGUCCAUGAAAUGGCCUUGGACCUGCCUUGCCAUCCUCUGUCCUGGCCCUGUAUUGUCCCCACCAUGCCCUGGUCCAGCGCUUGCCCUGGCCCUGUUGCUAGUCCUGCCACUGCUAUGACCCUGCCCUGUUUUUGGCCAUGCCUUGUGCUACCCUAGCCCUGCCCUGCCUUGGCCUUGGCCCUACCAUGGCCUUCUCCUACCCUGGCCUGGCCUUACCCUGGUCUUUUCUACCCUGGCCUUGCCCUUCCCUGGUCUUGCCCUGCCCUGGCCUUGCCCUGCCCUGGCCUUGGCUUUGCCUUGUCCUGGUCCUGGUUCUGCCUUGUCCCUGACCUUGCACUGGAUCCUCUCUGGUUCUGCCUUCUCCCUGGCCCUGCCCUUGCUCUGGCCCUGUCCCUGGCCCAGCCUUAACCCUGGCCCUGGACCUGACAAUCCCCAGGCCCUGCCCUGGCCCUGCCUUGGCCCUGUGCUAUCUUAGUCCUGUCCUGGCCCUGAACUUGCCCUGUCCCUACCCUCACCCUACACUGGCCCUGCCCUACCCUGGCCUUGCCCUGCCCUGGCCCUGCUUUUGGCCUGCCCUGGCUCUGGUUCUGCCGUGGACUUGCCCUUGCCCUGGAUCCUCCCUGGCCAUGUUUUUUCCAUGGUCCUUCUCUGGCCUUGGACCUCCCUGUCCCUGCCCUUCCAUACCCUGGCCCUUUCCUUGCUCUACACUGACCCUGCCCUGCCUUGGCCCUGUGCUACCCAAGCCCUGCCCUGGCCUUCUCCUGGCCCUGAUCCUGCCAUGGCCCUUGCCCUGCCAUGUCCCUGCCCUCGCCCUGGUUCUGCCCUGUUUCUGGCCCUGGCCUUGGUCCUGUUGUGUCCCUGUCUGUGACCCUGCCCCUGGUUUUUCUCUGGCCAUGACCCUGCCCCAGUUCUGUCAUAUCCCUGGCCCUGUCUCAGUUCUGUCUUAGCCCUGGCCUUUCACGGUACUUUAUGCUUAGUAAGGGCUCCAUAGUGUCUGUGCAUUGAAUGUUGUGUUCAUAGUAUCU